ACACGCGUCAGAGUAGAUAUGAGUCGGAUUUUGGCGCAAUAACACAAUCACACCUGCCCCAGUGCCCCCUCUUUUUUUUUUUUUUUUUUCUGAUUACGUCGGGUGUCCUCAGCCCUGGUGUGCACCACAGCCGAGACUAAUCCCAGUGCCCCCUCUUCAUUGGACAGUGAGUUGUCCCCUGCCUCGGCAUAUUUUGCGCUCUUAACAGCUUCGGGUCUGUGCUGGAUUUUGUUAUUAUAUUGCAGAUUCUGGUUGGGUUUUGGGGCUAGUGUUUCUUUGCAGACGGAGAUGGAGAGGUGAGAGACAGGGUGGUGGGAGCGGAGGAGAGAUCAAAUGGGAGAAGCCUGUGAGGAUUGCAGUAAAUGGGAAGAGACCAUUUACUGGACCCAUUUCCAGUUCACGCAUUUCGCUCAAUUUCUAACUCAGGGUUUCCACCAGCAGCUUACCAUUCCCAAAAAAUUUGCAGACAAUUUAAAGGGUAGUCUACCUAAGACUGUGGCUCUUAAAGGCCCGAGUGGUAUUACAUGGAAUGUAGAAUUGGUAACGAGUGGGGACUCAUUACUCCUCAAAAAUGGCUGGGAAGAAUUUGCGAAAGACCACUGUCUAAAAGAAAAUGAUUUCUUGAUUUUCAGAUUCAGCAAGAACUCACACUUUGAUGUUUUAGUAUUUGAAAAACAAAGUCUAUGCGAGAAGGAAGCUACAUAUCUGGUUAGGAAAUGUGGGCACACUAAAGUUGAAAGUGGAUCCUCGCCAAAGAGGGAUGCAAAGGAGAAAUCUGUGGAAGUCAUUCACGACUCCUUUCACGAUGAUGAUAAUCAAUGCACUUCACCAGAGAAAUCUCGGAAGUUGGACAGUGUGAUGCCAGUGUCACCACGAAAGCAAUCCAUCUGCAAAAGGAGACGAAUGACUCCAAGGAAAGCUUCUUCUGUUAAACCAAAUACUGCAAAGAGGAUAUUAAGAAGCAAAAGUUCUUCCACACAUGCUGCAGGAAAGAAGGCCGAAUGCAACGAUUCCGGUGGCGGACAAAUAACCAUCAACAAAAAUCAAGCGUAUAAUGUGCAAUACAUAUCGAGUAGGCGAUCUGUCACCGAAGACGAGAUAGAGAAGGCCUUGCAAGCGGCACUAUCAGCAUCCAGCAAAGAAGCUUUCGCAGUAGUUAUGCGACCCACCAUGGUAUACAAGAGAUUUUUUAUGGUGAUCCCAUCGGAAUGGGUGACUAAGCAUCUUUGGUACGAUAAACAACAUGUGAUUCUCCGUCACAACGAAAGCACAUGGCAUACCAAAUAUUAUGACUAUGGAUCUUAUGCAGGACUGGCUGGUGGGUGGAGGCAUUUUUCUGUAGAAAAUAACUUAGAAGAAUUCGACGUGUGUCUCUUUGAGCUUGGUAGCCAGCUGAAAGAUGAUGUGGUCUUGGAUGUUCGCUUCUUUCGGGUUGUCGAAGAGGUGGUACCACUGAUGCGCUUUACUACUCCUCCCUAGGAAUGUGGAAGGCUAUCUAAAGUUGGCAUCCUUGAACUUGCUUACGUUUUGGUAUGCAUGUUGGUGAAUGUUGGGAGUAUGUAAAUAUCGCCCGUUUGCGUGACUUCUUCUGUACUACAUUUUGGACUAUUGUUUUGCUUCCCUUAGGCUUUCACUGCUAACGACUUGUUUAUGUUAAUGGUAGAUUUUAUGGUUCUUGUUUC